CCGCCGCCGCUGCCGCCGCCGCCGCAGCCGCAGCCGCCGCUGCCAACCGACGUCGUUACGUGCGUGGUGUCCAACCUCUCAAGUUCGACGGGGCCCCCGUGCGACAUGGCGGGCUUUCAUGACAGGGACAGGGCCCUGUUCCCGAUCCGGAGCAUCUCCGCGAUCGUCCAGAUCUUCAAGAAUCAGCUGGAGAACAGCGCCGAGCCGGACCUCGCGCUGCUCUCGAUCCUCAUCGGCGCGGUCGAGAACUCCCUCACGUGCAACCGCGUCUUCACCCCGCAGGAGAGCGCCGCCUACGACGAGCCCAAGCUGCCGCCCGUCGAGUACCACAUCGCCGAGACGCUGUACACCCAGUUCCAGGCGAUCAUCAAGGGCGCCGUCGACCUCACGGUGUACGACACCAAGUACGCCACCAGGGAGCUGGUCAAGAAGGUGUCGGACGUGAUAUGGAACUCCCUCACCAGGAGCUACUACAAGGACAGGGCGCACCUGCAGAGCCUCUACAGUUACCUGACGGCGAACAAGCUCGACUGCUACGGAGUCGCCUUCGCCGUGGUCGCCGGCUGUCAGGUGCUGGGAUUCAAGGAUGUGCACCUGGCCAUGUCGGAGGAUCAUGCGUGGGUCGUGUACGGGGAGGACGGCACGGAGACCGCGGAGGUUACAUGGCAUGGUAAGGGGAACGAGGAUAAACGCGGGCAACGCGUGGAGCCUGGUGUGGCGUCUCGGUCGUGGUUGUAUUUAAACGGCCAAGCGAUGGUGUGUAGUCGCGCUCUAGAAGUGGCUACCAUAGUGUCGGCUAUAAAUCCUAGUCUGAAUGCGACUACCGACGCGGCCGAAGUGGCGUUGCUCCAGCAGGAGCUGCUGUGGCUGCUGUACGACCUGGGCCACCUAGCCAAGUACCCUAUGGCGCUCGGUAAUCUGGCCGAGUUGGAAGAGGCUGCGCCUACACCCGGCAGACCACCACCUAUAGACCUCUUUCAGGAAGCCGUGAGGUCAGCAAGGAAAUACUAUGGAAACGCUCACGUUUAUCCUUACACCUAUCAAGGUGGAUACCUGUACCGGCACGAAUUACACGUCAACGCGCUCGCGUCGUGGGCCGACGCCGCGGAUGUUUUGCGGAAAUACGAUUAUUCGCGGGACGACGGGGAGAUAUACAAGGAAUUGCUGGAGAUCGCCAACGAACUGAUACCACACGCGGUACGCGUCGACGAGCGUUUAUUACGGCAGCCACGUUGCUUCGCGUACCUGCUGAGAUUUUACGACGGUAUUUGUCAGUGGGAGGAGGGCGCCAACACUCCUGUGCUGCAUAUAGGUUGGGCCCGUCCGCUGGUGAACACUAUCUCAAAAUUUGACGCCAGUAUACGCGCCCAGGUCGUCAUAGAGUGUUAUGAAACGGAGGUGAAGCAGAAGGAGGAAACGGCGCAGAAGAGGGAGACGAGUCCCGAGGAGACCUUGAACAACAAUAACAACAAUUACUGUAAGACCAAGGAGAGAGGAAAUGCGGCGCGCGAUCUGAUCAAGAGCCUAGAGUCGAAAGUGCCCACCAAUUCAGCGUCAACGCAUCCUAGCAUUCAAGCUCUGACGGCGGCCUGCAGCGAGAAGAUACUUAAUAGAGAUUACCUGCUACAGGGCGGCGGCGAGCCGUUCGUCGCACCGCCGGACGACGCUCUACCGCCGGCGCCCUCCACCUCCCAGGAGAAGGUCGAGCCUAGAGUGCAGACUGACUCCGAGAACGAGAGGCCGAGGAUAACGCUCUACAGCCAGAAGAUGAAGGGCCUCAAGGAUCUGCUGCUCGCGGAGAAGCUCAACACCCAUGCGAUCUCGCUGCAGCUCACGGCGCAAAGCCAGGUACAAAUCGGUAAGAAAUCGCGCGGCAGCGACGACGUGGGAGUCAGUCAGCGUCCAAAGAGGACGCGUCGGGAAUAGUAUAAGAUCUUCGACCGACGUUUCGGUAUAGUGAAGUAUUGAAAGUGCCAGCACACUUCUCGAGAUUAACUCUCCGCUCUUGCGAGCGGAGACGCGAGACGCGAACGGCCGGCCAUCCCGGCACGGCCUGCGCAAACAAGUCAUUAAGGUAUACCGGUCCUCGCUCCUGGUCGACUUCCGCCGGGGCGCGGAUUCUCGGUUAAACUCCUCCGGAAUCUCAACUCGAGAGCGUCGUGAUGAAUUUCGUGCCGUUUGAUUUGAAUCAAGCCCUCCACGGUGCUCCUCUCGUUUUGCAACGACGCCGCGGGUCCUUGCGAGACAACGUUUACGUUACCGUCGGGGAUAUAUCGCCGUUAGUACAUAUAGAGUAUAAAGUAGGUAUGGAGAGAAAAUUUGUAGAAAAGUACAAAAAAGUUUUCCCCACUUUUUAAGUUAAUAGACGGAGUUGCUCUCCCGUUGUCUCGCUGAUCGUCAACUCGUGUGUGACUCGAGUAUUUUUGUCUCUGUAAAUAUCUCUCUUGAUUCUUCCACAGUGCGUAUAUAGAGCUGUGACUUGCGGUAUAAAUGGGGCGGAAAGAGUGGAAAAAGAAUCGAAUAUUGUACCUAAUCUGUCUCCGCGGGUCAGACCGAUCUUUUUUGGAGCACAGUUAUUUAUUCUACGAAUUAUACAAUUUGCCGACGGUACCGCCGACGAACGCGCACGGCGACCGUCACUUUGUCAUACGUAUAUAAUCUCUUGUUGCACUCUUAUUUAUUGAUUCACGUUUUUUCUAUUUGAGCUAUUGCACUAUUGAUAAUUACAAUUGACAAGUUGCCGUUAAUGUUUUUUACACUUGAUAGUUGAACUUCUGUUAGAAUUACGCUUCUAUGAUCUAGUAAGGGAAACACAUUCCACUCCGCAUGUGGUGCAAAUUAAUUAAGUUCUUACCUUAAGAUAUUUUAUAAGCAUCAAAUUCUCGCUUAUUUUUAUAAUUAUUUAUUUUCGGGAUAAUUCUAAGUGUCUGUAUUCGUAAGACUUCUCUAUUUUACUGUUUCUCGAAUAGGGGCGGAAUGAACGUUAGGCAGUUCGUCCUGAUUUUUUAAAUCUUGACCCAUCUGAGUGCGAGAGAUGAUAUAUCACGUUUUAUUGCGAAAAAGAAUGAAAGCGCGCUUUAGCGUUGUUGUCGCAAAUCGCGUGUCGUUUGCUCUAUCAGUCGUGCGUAAUCUCACGUCCGUUUUAAGGGAUUAUCCUACUUUGACCAGCCUGAAAAGUUUUCUUGUACAUUUUGUUGGGCCUGGAAUGCGAAAAUACGAAUUGCUUCAUGCUGGACAGUUUAUUAGAAGUAGGUUUAUUAUUUCAAGGCAACCCGUCAAUUGCAGCCAAAAAUAUUACGUACGCCGUUUCAAAAGCAUAUAAAUUUUAAACACGUUUUUCGAGAAAAUCGCAUUUUAAAUUUUAUAAUUUGACGGACAUUUUGAUUUUAUUUGACAUCUUUUGCACAUUAAUUCUAAGACUCCAAACUAUUUUACGAAGCGAGAAACAUUUUUCGACUUUUCCAAAUUUUCAAAGGAAGGAUAAGCCCUUAAUACAGGAACGCGCGUUUACCUGUCCGGCGAUGAGACCUGUGGACUGUCCGCUGCGCUUUCAUUCGCGCGCUCCAGGGAUUCGUAUUCGUUUUGUCUCUCAUAUCCUUUUUAAUCCGUCGCGAAAAGAACAGAAUGGCGACCCUUGCAAUCGCACGUUGUGACUAUGAUCAUGUUUAGUUAAUCGUCGACCCACGCGCAGAACCAGUAGUCAUGCUUCUCCAGCUAGUAAUCGACUUCAAUCAGACGCGGCUCUACGAUUCACCCUAUGAUAUUUGUUUUUAAUUAAUACUUUCUCUCCCGACUUUCGCAGGUGGUCGAUAACCCGUCACCUGUCCGUAGUACGUAAAACUCGCUGCAUUCGCAUGCCGGACGCGGCCGGGAUUCUUUGACGAUGUUUAAAGCGGAUUGUUGUAGAGUAUGUUGUUGAACAGGAAUGAAAAUAUAAUGUCCGAGCUAAUCGACGAUAACUUAAUAAUGAAGGGCGCUAUCUUACUGUGAUGCUGAAUAUAUAUAUAUACUAUAUUAUAUUAUAUAUAUAAAACAAAGUAUAUAUAUAAAUAUAAUUAUACGAUUUAAUAACCGUAGUUAAUAAUGAGCGAUACGCGAUACGAUUCCGCGAACGCCGUGUCGCGACUAUGAAACUAAUUAAACGACCGUAGUAUUAACUUUAAUCAAGGAACAUGGAAUACCGAUAUCGCAAUGACAGUCCGUCGCCUGUGGCGCGCGCGUACCAAAAUUCACACAAGACUCUUCUGCGGAAAGAACGACGUUGUUACAUUGACGAUCGUCUUUGUCUUGAAUUUUUCUUACCGCCUCUCUCUCUCUAUUUUGAUAUGAAUUUGGUAUUCGCUGUUAGCGUUGUCUUCUCUCGAUAUGUACCGUCGUGCGCGAUCAUACCGUCUCUUGGCGCUCAGGCUGAGUUUCACCGACAGUCCGGUUCGCCUAAAUCCGAGCAGUGAUUUCUCUUAAAGGACUCGAGUUGCAAAAUGGCACCCCGUUACUCAGAAUUAAAUAAUCAUUGAUAAUCGCCCGCUUAGAAAUAUUCGCGGCAGCUCUCAGCCCUAACAGCAAUAUCAUUCGAGUAAUAUGUAGAAUAUAUCAAGGAUAUUCUAAUAUGUCGGGAACAUCCUUGUGAUAUCUUGUACUUUGCGGUAAAUAUCUUUCAAAUAUUCUCAGAAUCUACAUCUGCUGUUAGGGAGCAGGGUGUCCAGUGGUCAGGGAAAUUUGGAGAGCCAGGAAUUGUCAGGGAAGUUUAGAAGUCUGGAAAUGUUAUGGAAAAGUCAGGGAAACGAUUUGUCUGAUUUUUUUACAUCGUUUCACAUUAUUUCUGAAUAGUUUAAAGUUUUUAGAAAAUAAACUUUUUUUAGGCUUUAGUACACUAAUUUUCUGUUUUGCUAAACAUCUAUUUAUAAGCGUAGUAGGUAUUUUAUAUUUUCAUCGUUGUGUUAUUUUAUUUCAAUGUGUUCAACUGAGACAAAACUAAAAAAAAAUACUAAACAGUACUAUCUAAGUAAGUUACUAUCUAAUAAGUUGCAAACAAAAUGCAGUUGUACAAAACGAAAGCAUCAUAUAUGACUAUGUACGUUAUCACAAAUGGUUUGAAUGUUUUGUAAUGAUAUGUUCGUUCCUAUUACGCAAUGUAUUAUACAUAGAUGGUAUAGUUGCUUUAAUUUAAAUUUUUACCUUUUUAAAUUCCGAACUUUUGUUUCCCGAGAAAAACAUUUCGAGGACUUCGUCAUUUAACAUUUAUUUGAUUUGCCGUACAGACGCAAAUUAUGCAUCUUGAAAAGAGUUACACUAAACGGUCAGGAAAAAAUUCAUUCCGGCUCCUGGAAAACCUGAAAAAGUCAGGGAAUGAUUUUCAUUGAGUUUACUGGACACCCUGGAAAGAGACUUCUUGAAGCAAUCAUCUUUCCGAUCGUAUACAGUCCCGUGUACAUACGUACCCUUUGUAAUAUAUUCCACAUUUAUCCAUGUGUAACCUACACGUACAAUCGUUGCUCCGAAUUAGUCGCAACCGACCGGUUUUUCGCAACGGAGGAGAGCGAGGAUUACGACUCUCAGAAACGAACGCCUCAUCCGGAAACGAGACGAGCCUUCGGGAUCACGCGGGUCGAAAUUCGGUACAUUCGAAAACUCUCUUUUUUUCUUGUCACACACACAACACACACACACACACACACACACCUCCUGUUCAGUAUUUUUUCUUCGUCCACGAUAACGGAGCGUUUAAAGACUACAGGGAUUAUAAUGUGCAUAAUGGUAGGGAUAGUAGGUGAAGAUAUGGUGCAUCAGAACAGUAUUUUUGUAUUUUAAAGGAGGACGCGCCCUCCGAUCGACGUAUUAUCGGUGAUGUCUGCGAGCGUAGGGAAACAGAACAAUGUAACAAUCGCCGGGACGACGGCCACGUUAAUUGGCGGACUUAUCGUGAAGCAUUACACACCUUUUUCCCCCCCAUUAGACUUUCGCCCGGGUCACUCGUGCCCGGGGGUGCGCGAUCGUCAAUCGCGCGUACCAGGCAGAUUUUGCGUGCGGGUGAGACGAAUGGCGACUUUGAGAAACUCGGAGAAACGACGAAGCGGCGUGGAUGGGAUUCAUCGUUCCCAUGCUGCCAGUCCUCUCGCCUUCGUUCGCAAACGAUUGCUCGGAAUUGCCGCUCUUGCGCACAGGGUGUCUCGCCCCCGUCCCGAGUUUCGACGUUGAGAUCGCUCGUCGAGCCUAAGAUGGAUCUCUAUUAGCGGAAUUGAGUCGAGACACGCGAUUUUUGAGAAAUAAUUUUUAGGCUUGCCUGCAAUCAACCCGGAUGUGCCCGUUUUUAUUUUGGGAAUUUUUCGCUCCUGUAGAUUACAAGGGCCUGUCAACUCGCAGCGCGCGCGAGACACUACCGUGUCUCGUGAUAGAUGCAAGAAAACCGCAUAUAGCUGAAAAUAUUGUUAAUGUCUUUGAAAUAAGGCGACUUUGUAGAAGAGCGACGGGCAUAUCUGGAUUAAUCGGGCGAUUUAGGCCUCUCUUAGGCAUUUCCAAUUCGUUGAGAUAAUGUGUCAUUGUUAAAGCUUGACUCGGGAUGACGGCGGGACACCUCGUAGAACGCGAACUGUACACGAUAGAUUAAUCUCCGUCUUUUUUCAUCCGUGCCCCUCUAACUCCCAAUUCCGUACUUUAGAAAAAGUAGAAAACCCCGUAGGUAGAAAAUAGUACUCGCCAUAUACCUUUUCUCUCUCUCUCUCUCUCUUUUUUUUAAGUACCACUCGACGUUGCCUCGCUUUUUAUCGUGAAGAAGGUUGGGAUGGAACGAUCGACUUGUCUGUGAGAUCAUUUUACACGCCACAGCAUAUUUUAGCAUAUUAAUUAGACGACACUUGGCGUCAGACAAUGCUGAGACUUUAUCGCCAAGAAAUAUUCCCUCGUAAGACGUGGCCGCUAUAAUUUUGUUGCGUACAGCCGAACAAGUAAUGCGAAUAAGCAAAUGGCCGGCAAACUGAACCAACUGCGAAUAUGUACAAUGUGUUACCAUAUGUUAAAACGAAAUAGAUGUAUGCGCCACGCGGUAUUAAUUUUUUCUCAGUUGCUCGAUAAACGCUCGGCGCGCAAUUUCUCGGUUUUCUGAACGACUUUAUCCGCCACGAUCCGAAUUGUACUUCCAAGUUUGUCUCUCUACGCGAAUGCCGCUGGCCGUCGAUCGCAUCCAUCCGGUAUAUUUAUUUAUCUUUGUGUGCCAUAAAGCCUGCUUGCUGAACGUGCAUGAUUCAUGCUGCAUACCGCGACGACACGUGCUAGCCAUGCCGCUGCUAGUUUCCCUCAUGAAUGCUUUAUAGGAUCGAUUAGUCCUUUCGCCAUGCGCAAUUCUCAUUCCGCUUGUUUCUCUCGUUUCCUUGACACUGGCGCACGCUCCACACGCCGAGCCUCUAAUGCGAAACGAAAUCCCUUAAACGCGACAGUAUAGUUUAACUCGCGCGCGAUUAGCGAGAAAAGCCCCCAAUCGUUCGCGUUGCUUUCCGUAGAAAUCGGCACUUCGGGCCUCGCGACGACACGGCGAGGCCGCGCGGGGACGGUACGGAUAUCCGAGGGAUGCUGCAAAGGCGCUCCCGAUCCCUUGUAAACGCCCUCCGAACAUCCCUCGGAGUUCGCACUGUCGCGGAUUCAAACCGGCGAGAGGAUACAAUUGGAAAUCUCAAAGACUCGCGUUCUUGCCGGAGACAGGUCUCGUCUGUCCGACUCGUCUUCUACAACUUCAUUAAUUUCCAUGACAGACGGACGGUAUGCGAUACUUGGCGGGUCAAAGAGCUCCUUGCAACGAAUUGGACCCCCAUUACGAAUCUGAACUCCCGUGCGGACGACGGUGUGCGGCGGGGGGUUUUUUUUUUAUUGAAAAUAGUUUGCUCUGAACGCUAUCGCGCGUGCGGAUACUCUCCCGAGCGUUGCACCGUCGAAUUACCUCUCGCGUCUGUAAAAACGCGCCACCGAGAGACUUGUCCGAGCGCGAUAAGUCAUCCAGAAGACUUCGUAAUGGAGAUGUACUUCCACGUGAGGGCGUGUUAAUUAGAGAGUAUAUAGGAAAAAAAAACGCUACUCUAGAGUAAAACUAAGUCCGAGUGUUUAAAAACAUCUCUACGAGUAAUUACACUUGCUAAGCAUAAACUUCUCAUGUACUUAAGCGAACAAAACCGACGAGGAGCCUCGGUGACGUAAGCGUUACACGCAGAGCUGCGUGAAAUAUUACUUCACGGUGUUUUGAUUAUAGGCAGUCAAAUAUUCUCUCGCAUAAUCAACUUUCCUCUCAGAAAGCGCAGUAAUCGCGGCGUCCCCUCGGGCGCCAGUAUACAUAGAUCUAGAGAUUAGUAAACGAGCUAAUUAUCGAUACACAACACAUUUAACGCAUAAAUAAUAGACAGUGAGACAGUGGAGGAUGGACGUGACGCUCGCAAGGAUGGAGUAAUAUUUUGCUUGUCUCUGAUUACAACCGAUAACGAUAAUCGCGUCGAGAUCGACGGCCCACGGCCGAGAGAUUCACAGGGCCGUCGUGAACACGAGGAGGGAGAAGAACGAGGGAGAAGACGCCGGGCAACAGCAACCCCGCGCUAAUCUUCCAGCGUGUGCGAUUUAGAAAGGAUUAGGACAUUUUUACGACAGCAACACAGCCAGUAGCGAGCCGCCGGAAUCGCGAUAUCGCGCGGCAGUGAAAAGCCGUAGCCUCUUAUCUUUGUAAGGAUAUAUUAAAAAAAAAAUCGCAUAAUCCGAUCCUUCGUAAGUUCGGCUGGAUUCUGGCUACAGGUCCAGCGAUAACGAUUAUUAAGGACUGUCGCUGCUGCCGCGUAUCGCGCGACACGGCGGCGAGCGAGCGUUUUUCGCGCGGUCUCGAACCGGAGGGAGUGUAAUCGCAGCUAAUUGUUAAACUGACAGAACAGUGAGACAGACAGAUCUUAAGGCAUCAUGGAAAUGUCUUGUUUUUUUCUGUGGAUUACAAUAAACUAUUUUAUUCUA